CAUGCUCGCCAAUCGCGAUGUGGAAAAAGAAACCCUACACCCACGAGCCAAUCCCGCAGCCGCCUCCCCCCGCGCCUCGCUCCGCAGCCGCCUCCCCCGCAUCCUCCGCGCCUCUCCCUGUGCCACCCAUCUCCGCCUCCUCUCCCAUCUCCUCCCUGCUGCUGCUGGCCAUCGCACCCUCGCCAUCGACGAUUCAUGCGGCCGACAGCGAGUGCCAGUGAGCGACCGGGAGGCCGCCACCUCUCCUGGCCUCCUCCCAGAGGUUCCCGAUCUGGAGCGGCGAGGCCAACCCCCUCUUCACACGCAGAGGGGCGACGGGGUGGAUCGGGUGGCGGUGAUGUCAGAGCUCGAGGCAGAGAUGGCGGAGCUCGGGCUGGAGCGCUCACGGGAUGACGGAUUCAAGGGCUGGAGCGCUCACGGGAUGGAGGUGCUCAGGCUAGAGGCAGGGGAGGACGCCCUACGGGCGAGCUGGAGAGGGGAUGGGAAGAGGCCUGGAGUUGCUCAGCAUCGGUUCUGUCAACCUGCAAGGUGGUUUGCUCGACCACUCACCGUCGGUUCUGUCAAUAUGCAAGGUGAUUUGCUCGAUCCCUCGCUGUUGGUUCUGUCAAACUGCAAGGUUCUUCGUUCAGCUGGAUUGUAGGUUGGCUCCAGUCCUUGACCAGUUCUUCUGCAAGGAGAGUUUCAGUGCUCAGCAUAUUGCAGUCAUUGCAGCAGUGAGUUUUAUGAACCACCUCAAUGGAGGGGACAUAGUCAAUGACAAUCUCCUCCCAUUUAAUUAGAUGGUUUGCCAGUUUCUUCCUGUAGAUAGUAUCACAAUGAUGCGAUUCCGAUGUUUAUAAUUCUUUUCUAACAUUACAUGUUCUUGUAGUCAUUCAUUUUGAAACCACGGAGGCCGUCGCAUUAUGCUAGGUAAUUUCUGUUAAGGCUAUAAUUUUUCUAUCAAUAUGCCAAGAUCGACUGUUCGCCUCACCUUUAUUCUGCAAAUGCCAAAAUGUCCAGAACAUAAAUUUCAAGCUUUUAGACCUUACAUAUAUUAUGAACUUAUGAAGUUAUGAUAUAUGUCUAAAUUCAGCUAGAUCUUUAAUUAAAUCCUGAAUUAUAGAUGUUUUAUCCUUUUCUACAUCUGAGUAUACACUAAUUAGUUAAACCUUUUCUUCUCCGGAUCUGCAUUCCACUUGUACUAAUUGCCAGAUUAUAUAUGUGUUUGUGUUCAUUCUUAAUUAAAAUUAGACCUAGCUGUAUAUACUACAAAAUUUGUUAAACUUGCGCUGGGCAGGUUUCCAUGAUGAGUUCGUAGCCUUUAUGAAGUUGCUGCUGCUUGUUUUCUGUAAUCAUUGCUCAUUUUUGUCUCCAUAGCAAAAAAAUUGAUUCUUGCAUCUAACCCUGAUCCUGAUGGUGCAGCUCACUGUUUUUUCUCUUGCCAUCAUCUCCAAUAGUGUCGAGUCCCCUUCCUGACGCCAAUUGCAACACAUAUCUCCUUUGACCGAUUAGCCAUUGUUUCCUACAGCCGGUUUAGUUUUGUCUCGAACAUCCAUUUUCUUUGAGAUUUGUUUUUGUCGUGUGCUGAUUAUUUAGACAUCCUCGCUACCACCACAACCUAUCCAAGCAAGCAACAGAUCGAGGAGGACGGAGGCACGGCGCGACGACGACCGUGGCAUGGAUUAAGAGCAUGCUCAUGGGCUCAUGGCCUAGGAGCGAAUCGGGCAUCCUGGAUCAUG